AUGGGUGACUACAUGGAUUCCAACCCGACAAAGGCCGCUCUGGCGGCCCGCUACCUAGGCAGCUCACCACCAGAAGCGACAAGCCCAAACCCCGUGCUGAACGCAAUCUGGCACCACAAAUCCAGCCGCCACUUCCUGCUCGACCCCUUGCCAUCCGGCACGCUGGAAACCCUUAUCUCUGCCGCACAAAGUGCCUCCACGUCCUCAAUGCUGCAAGUCUGGAGCGUGGUAGCCGUGCAAGACCCCGUCCACAAAGCCGCGGCAGCAAAGCUCUGCGGAGACCAAGACUUCAUCCAGCAGGCACCGCUGAUGCUCUUCUUCUGCGCGGAUCUGAACCGUCUCACAAACAUCUCCGGGUGGGAGAACCAGCCAGGAAAGGCGCUGGAUAACAUGGAUAUGUUGCUUAUGGCGACGAUUGACACCUCCUUGGCGGCGCAGAAUGCGGCUUUGGCUGCAGAGUCCAUGGGGCUGGGGAUUUGCUAUGUCGGCGGAGCGAGGAAUAACGCCGCCCAGCUUUGCGAGUUGCUACGUCUACCUAGCAAAACUAUUGCCCUGUUUGGCAUGGCUGUCGGCGUGCCUGACCCUGGCCGUGUAGUGGAUAUUAAGCCGCGGUUGCCCUUGCAGGAGGUUCUUCAUCGGGAGGCGUGGGAUGAUAGCUGCCAGCGCGAGAAUGUUGAGAGGUAUAAUCAGGGUCUAAGUGAUUUUUAUGACUGGCAUCAGCUUUUCGGUCGCGUGAGCUGGGGGACUUUUGUCGCGGGUUUGAUGGCGUCCGGGGGGUUGGAUGGGAGGGAGAGGAUGAGGCAGGUGUUGCAGGAGAAGGGGUUCGGGCUUGAGUAG